UCACACUGAGAGGCUAGCGGACUUGUAAUAAUCAUAUGAGCCAAACCCCUUUAUGUUGUCCUGCAGUAAUCUCAUUAGUAAUGCUGUUACAUAACAUAUGAUCCUACACUGCACAGUCAGAGAUCAACCUCAUUAAGAUCACUGACAAUCAUGUCCCUAAAGUCUUCUGACCUUCUGUAUGAUUGUAUGUGUCUCACCAGAUUAAACAUGCCAUAUCUCCCACGAGAGCUUUAAAAGAAUCAGCGGUGCACAUGUUUGCUGGUUAUUUGGCUGCGGUCCUUGGCUUUUGUUCAUCACAGGCAUCGUCUAGGACAGUGGGGAGGAUUAAGGUAACUCUAAAUAAAGCUGGCAGAUUAGGAAACAUGAUACCAGCAUGUUCUCUUUCACUUUGAAAGAGUCAUGGACAGAGAGAGCUGAAGACUUCCCUGGAGACAGGAAGACUAUCCAGGAGAAACCACAUCAAUGAUUUUUAUUCAUGCAGUUACAGAAGAGGACAGUUAAAAUGAAUGCCUGCGUUAUGGGCAUACAUUACCUUAACAAAAACAUAAUGUAACUGAUUUUUAUUUUUUAUUUUUAGAUCUGUUAAAGAAGCUAAAUAUUAUUAUUUGACUUUAGAAACUCAAUAUGAACAUGUGGACAUAUUCUUUGACUUCUAAUCCUAUAACAAAGAAAUGCAGCCAUGCAUUGGUCUUCUACAAGAGCACAGCGCCUUAAGCAGCUGUAAAAUGCCUACAAGGGCAAGUCAGGUGUUGCCGCAGGUGCAUCGGCACAACAUUUACACUCUGACGGACAGCUCAGAAUGUGGGUCAGAGCCGGAAGAGGAUGCAGACCCUUCCAAGCAUCUAACACCCCUGGAAAAGUUAACUCUGGAAAUGUGCAAUGAUGAAGAUAUCAUAAAGGAACUGACAGUGGGCAGAAGGGUGGGCUUCUACAAGGUCCGUGGUCAGAUCGGCUGUGGAAACUUUUCGAAGGUCAAACUGGCCAUCCAUGCCCUCACCAAAGACAAGGUUGCCAUUAAGAUCAUGGAUAAGAUGAGGCUCGACCUGCAGACCCAGAGGAUGCUGUCUAGAGAAAUCUCCAGCAUGGAGAGCUUAUAUCACCCAAACCUACUGCAGCUCUAUGAGGUACUGGAGACGCCAAGUCGGUUGUACCUGGUUUUGGAGCUCGCCGGAGGAGGAGAUCUCCACACCAGAAUCAGCUCCGUUGGAAAACUCUCUGACCAAGAAAGCAAGAUUGUUUUCGCCCAAAUCCUGUCAGCAGUUAAAUACAUGCAUGAGAAAAACAUCAUCCAUCGUGAUCUGAAGGCGGAAAAUGUUCUUUAUACAACCAACUCCUGCAUAAAAGUGGCAGAUUUUGGCUUCAGCACGAGGGUCAACAAUUGCAACCAAGCCCUAGACACCUUUUGCGGUUCUCCUCCUUAUUCAGCUCCAGAACUUUUCAAAGAUGAGUCUUACAUCGGGCCACCUGUGGAUGUGUGGGCAAUGGGCGUCCUGCUUUUUUUCAUGGUGACUGGCACAUUGCCUUUCCGCGCUGACACUGUGGCCAAGUUGCGCCAAAGCGUGCUGGAGGGUGCCUACAUUCUGCCAACCUGGGUAUCAGCUUCAUGUCAGCGGCUGAUCAGGGGGAUCUUGAAGGCAGAACCUUUAGAGCGAUGCGCACUAGACCAGAUGCUGGGCUGCGAGUGGCUGCUGCCAGUGGAACUCUUCCGGCCUAUACCUCCCUUAUACCAGCUCAACCCCAUUCAUCUAAUAGAGGCCGGCCCAGGGGAGUUAGACAGAGACCAGGAAGAGGUAAAAGGUAUCCUGGAGAAACUGGGAGUCACUCAGGAACAUAUUCUCAGUAACCAAGGAAAGCGUAUGCGCAGUCCCAUUACAGGGGUUUUCCGCAUACUACUGCACAGAGUUAAAAAAAACAAUGGAGCCGAGUCUGCGCCUAUAAUCAGUGGAGUCGUCAAAGAUCCUAAAAGAGACAGUCUCCGUGCUUACAGGAACCUACGACACUCCUCAAAACUGUGUGUGCUUUCUUAAAGGCAUUGUUCAUCCCUUUUAUUCAGUCUUUUUCUCAGUAGUACAAUGAAAGUCAGUGGGGUCCAAAGCAAUACUUGACCACA